UCAAAGGGAAGCAGACGAAUUUACUCGUAUAUUGCCAACACUGUGAUUAACCAGAAAGAACUUUGAUCGUAUACAAGGAGAGUUUAUGUACUCAGGAACAUAGCGGUACCAGUAUAUCCAAUUACAUAAUUAGUAACAGUAACAUUAUUAAACUAAUUAUGCGAUGUAUGCUUGUCUAGAAAGUUACAACGGUAUGAAAUCAUUAGAUGACUGAAGACAGAUAAACCUAAAAUGCCGCUUCAGAACUCGCGGAAAAGCGUUAACUGUUUAUGACCCACGAUUUGGAUAUCGUCUUGGAUUCUAUUUACAUGUAGAAAUCUACGCCAAAAGUAAAAGGGAGAAAAUGGCGUCGGCUAAAGUUGCCAAAGCUAAACGGAAAGAAUCUAUACAGAAAGAUUCUCCUUUAAACUGUGAAGAGGAUGCUAAUAAAACAGAUAAAAAUUUAGAUGAUUUAAAAAUACUAUCAACUGUUGGAACAGGUACAUUUGGUCGUGUUGUACAGAUCCGACAUAAGGAAACCAAAGAAUAUAUGGCACUAAAAGUAAUGUCAAUAACAGAUGUUGUUAGACUCAAACAAAUAGAACAUAUUAGAAAUGAAAAAGAAAUUCUGGAAUCUGUCAGUCAUCCUUUUAUUGUAAAUAUGCAAAAGGCAUGGCAUACUGAUACUUUUCUAUAUAUGUUAAUGGAAUAUGUGCCAGGAGGAGAACUAUUUACAUACCUUCGUCACAAAGGCAAAUUUACUGUAUCAGGAUCUAUGUUUUAUUCUUGUGAAAUAGUUUGUGCAUUAGACUAUUUACAUUCACACUCUAUUGUGUAUCGGGACUUAAAGCCAGAAAAUCUCCUGCUAGAUCCAGAUGGGCAUUUAAAGAUAACAGAUUUUGGAUUUGCUAAGAAAGUAUCAGAUAGAACCUGGACAUUAUGUGGUACACCCGAAUAUUUAGCUCCUGAAAUAAUACAAAGUAAAGGUCAUAAUAAAGCUGUAGAUUGGUGGUCUCUGGGUGUACUUAUAUUUGAAAUGAUGGUUGGAUACCCACCAUUUUUUGAUGAUAAUCCUUUUGGGAUAUACCAGAAAAUAUUAGCUGGAAAGAUAGCUUGGCCUCGCCAAAUUGACCCUGUAGCAAAGGAUCUCAUAAAGAAGUUAUUAUGUGCAGAUAGGACCAGAAGAUUAGGUAAUAUGAGAAGUGGGGCUGAUGAUAUAAAGAAACAUAGAUGGUACAAAGGUAUUGACUGGGAUGAGGUACAAGAAAGAAAAUUGAAGCCCCCGAUUAUUCCUGAGCUAACACAUUUUGGAGACACAACAAAUUUUGAUGCUUAUGCUGAAAAUGACUGGCUUGACACAGCACCUGCGUCAGCAGAAGAUAUGGAAAAUUUUCUUGAUUUUUAAACUAGCAAAUCCCAAAGUGUUCCAACUAUGCAUUCACAGUAUACCAAUUGUUAAUUUUUCAGGGUGAAUUAUUAUUAAUAAGGUAUAAUGUAAAUAUUCAUACAGAUCUAGGUUAUAGUGUAUAUUUUACACAUAUUGGUCAUGUUUUACAUUCAUUUGCCUGCUUAAUCCAUAAUAAAGUUUGUGCAUUAAAUCAGACAGUCCACAUAUUUAUAUAUUCUAAAAAUAGACAGAUAAUGAAGGAAGAGAACUACUUGAUUCAAUAUUCUAGAUGCAUUCAUUCAAGUGCCACACCUAAUUAAAUAAUGCAAACCAGCAGUUGCUAAUGGGACAAUAGAACCACAACUAACAGUUAAUUUUGAGACAUAAAAUAAGCAAAUUUUUACCAUAUUAAAGAUAUAUUAUGGAAGAUUAGAUAAAGAGCUGGCAGUUCUCACUAUAAUAGUUAAAAAUUAGAUAAGGUAAAGGCAAUUUGCUGAAAAUUUCAGUCAAAUUGAUCUACGAUGAACCAAGAAUUAAGCAAUUGAAAUUUCAGCCUAGCCUUGAUCAUCAUUACUAAAGUCGGUACGAUAAAAAACAUAGUCUCGAUUAUCCAUUUCAUGAUUAGAUCAUGAAGGAAAGUUGAUCAGCAAAUGGGAUCAUAAUCCAGUAAAUAUUGCAGGCUAGCGAUGACAUCGAGAGUUGAUUAUGGUCUGGAUAAGUUAAUUAAUGUCUAAUUAAUAAUUUAGAUAACAUUUCAGGCCUAAUAAAAGACCUGCAAUAGGCAGAUUUAGCUCUUGCAUAAUGUAUGUUUAAGGUACACACAAAUUUUUUGUAAAGGUGAUCAUUGUCUAUUUUUUGUCGAAAUCAUAACUUUGUUGGUUAUGCACUUAGAAACACUCAUGUGUAAUGAAGUGCUAUAUAAAUCGAACAAUAAUAAUAAUAUAAUAUAAGUUCACAGCCCAGAGGGUGUUGUUAUUUAAAAGAAACUAUAUAUCAUCUGAUCUACAUCCCUUUUAUAUAAUUAGUCCCAUUUAUUAGAGUCACAAUUUAUACACCCAGUUCAUUUGUAUACAGUGAUGGGAAAGAUAUUUAAGGUAUGUUACUGUUGAUGAUGUAUAUUAUAUUGCUGUGAUAAAAACUUUUCAGAUAAUUAUUUUGUUAUCCUUGUCGAUCUCCUAUUGUGUAAAAAGACGUUUUUUCAUUGGAAAAAAAAUAUAUAAUUUUUUUUAAAAAUAAAAGAUUUUUUUUUAAAAAUAGAAACAUUUUUUAUGUAGUUAUUGUUUGUGUAGUCCGAAACAAAAUGUUUAUUUAUUUCAAUUUAGCUCAUUGCUGAAUGGAUGUUUAUAUCCAACUGAACAAAGUGCCUUUAUAUUUUUUAUGCUAUUCAUGAUAAGGUGUUAUGUACUGUGUACAUGACAUAUAGGUAUGUUAUAAGAGUCGGGUUUUUAAUGUAUUAAACCUUUUUACCCCAAAUUGUUUUUUAUGCAUAGUUAUAGAUAAGUCACAUAAAUUUAUCAGUCAAUCAACCUCUGACUCUCAUUUCUGUUAUAUUUGUCUUCAUGACAGUCUGUAAAAUUGAGAGAGAGAUGAUAUUUGUCAAUCGUGUAAUAUAAAAAAUGUACUUUUUAAAUUUGAAGCUCUUUUUAGCCAUAUAAACACUGAUAAAAAAAAUCCUGUGUUUGGUGGCAUCUAAACAGGUAUUUUAAAAAGUGAUUUAAUCACUGAUUAGCUUGUAGUGAGUGAUUGCUUUAUAGAUCGAAAUAGAAGUAAUUUUGAUAUAUAUAUAUAUAUAUAUAUAUAUAUAUAUAUAUAUAUAUAUAUAUCUCAAGUUACAUACCUAUUUUUUUUGGUGCUUGACAUCAGAAGAAGAACUGAAGACUGGUAGAAACUUUAACACAGAGAAAAUUAAUCUGACAAUUAGUGUAUUGUAUUUAAAUUAUUGGGCAUUAAAUUAGCAUUUCCCAGUCAUUCUGAUUGUCAAGAUGAUAAAUAAUAUGGCGAUGUGAUUGAUGGUGAUAAUAUAUGUGUAUUAUCUAUGAUGUUAUUAUACCGGUAGUAAUGUAAAUCAUGCAUGAGUAGAUAUUUAUAAUUUAGUGAUCAUAGCAUAAUUGUUUUACAUGUAUUAUUGGAAAAUAGAUACAUUUGUUUUCUUACCUUAUAAGGGAAGACUUAUGUGCUAAUAGUUUUAUUAUUGUUAUAUAUGCGGUACUUAUUAUUAGCUCAUGUUUGUACAGUUUAUACAAUUUUAAAAUGCUUAGUGAGGGUAUUUUUGUCAUCACAAAUUUUAGUGUUUUGAUGUAAUUAGACGUGUUAUACCUUUUUUUGAUUUGAAACUUUUUUACAGUUAUAUCAUUGCAGAAUUAAACCUUAUUUUCCAUAAAAGGACAA